UCAUUGGGUGACCUAAAAUGGCGGAGUCGCGGUCAGAGCUGGAUGUCUUGGUCCAAAGAGUGGUCAAAGACAUUACUAACGCAUUUAAGAGGAACCCGAACAUUGAUGAGAUUGGUGUGAUUCCAUGUCCAGAGGGACGUUACAACCGCAGUCCCAUCGUGGUGGUGGAGAACAAGUUGGGUGUUGAGAGCUGGUGUGUCAAGUUUCUGCUACCAUAUGUGCACAACAAGCUGUUACUCUACCGCCAGCGUAAACAUUGGCUGGAUAAGGAAGCUUUAGUGGAUAUCACGUCCACCUUGUUGCUGCUUAAUCCUGACUUCACGACUGCAUGGAAUGUCAGGAAGGAGUUGAUUCAGUGUGGAGUUCUUGAUCCAGAAAAAGACCUCUACCUAGGCAAGUUGGCACUCACUAAAUUCCCCAAGAGUCCGGAGACGUGGAUACAUCGACGCUGGGUGCUGCAGCAAACCCUGAGACGGCUCUCGGCUGCGGAUUCAAGUGGAAAGCAGAAGCAGGGUGAAGCAGAGCAGGCAGAUGUAGAAAGGAGUCAGCAGUUCAGUUACCAUCUUGCUCAAAUGUUCCAUGAAGAGCUAAAUGUCUGCUCUGAUGCUGCAUGUAGUUAUCCCAGUAACUACAAUGCCUGGUCCCACCGCAUCUGGGUUCUCCAACACAUGGCCAAAGGCAAUGUCGAGGUUUUCCAUGAUGAGCUGUCCACCAUGCGUCAAUGGGUGUCAAUUCAUGUAUCCGACCAUAGUGGCUUUCACUACCGCCAAUUCCUGCUCAAGGAGCUAAUCGACGAGUUUUCUCUGACACCAGCUCUCAGCAAAAACUGCUCACCCCAGCAUCAGUCGAGGACAGUGCCGAGAAGCAGGCUCUUGCGUCCCAUCAAUGUCAAUGCCAAUGGGCAGCAGUCAGGAAUAGAGACAAUGGAUGAAGAUGAGCGGGAGCUUGAAUUAGCAAAACUGUUUGAGCUCUUCCACCAGGAGAUGGAACUAUGCUCAGACCUGAUCCGGUCUUUCCCUGGACAUGAGACCCUGUGGAGUCACAGACGGCAUGUCUUCUAUUUGUGGCACCAGUGGAGGUGGGAACACCAGCUACACUACUUCAACAGUAAUGGAAGCACUGUCCUCAAUAACAUUGGGGACACAGUCCGACUGAAGCCAGGCGCUCAGGACUGUGGAGAUUGGGGAGCUGACACUAUGGAGGUAGAUGGCAUAUCCUUGCCUGAUCCUACCGACAGCAAGCGUCUGAAGAGGGGUUUCCGUCUGUCAAGCCUCCCCAGCCUGUCCUCAGAGUGCACAUUUCUGAGCGCUAUUUUGGAGAGGCAAUGUAACCCCGAGCAGAGACACUUUGGCCUGGCAUACAAAAAGUGGUUAGACUCUGUAAUUGGUAAGGUACUUGGAGAAAAUUAAUUGAUGGACCCAUUCUUUUCAAUACUGACAUUAAAUUUGCUUUUAGUGCUGA